CAAUUUGGUUCGGUUCGGGUUUGGCAGUGUUUUAGCCUUUAGGGUUUCUUUCUAAGGUUGGAAGCUCGAUACACUACCGAACCUCAAAAUCUCUCUGUAACCGGAGACUUGAUUCACCGAGAGAGAGAGAGGAGAAGAGUUUAGAAGCAAUGGAGGGAGCAGAAGAAGCUGGAGCGGAGAUCAUGGUCGAUUCAAAGGACUUACAGCAACAAAGCAAAGCUCUCGACAAGCUUACCGAUCGCGUCGAGGAUCGGCAGCUCGAUUCUAAUCGUGUUCAAUCGGCUAUGGCUUCGAUUGGUGCUUCUAGGGAGGCUGAUCUUAAUGCUAAGAGAUUGAGGGAGAAGGAAUUGGCUUCUGUUAAAAUCAAUCCCGCUGAUGUUGAACUCAUUGUUAACGAACUUGAGCUGGAGAAGAAUGUGGUGGAGAGAACUCUAAGGGAGCACAAAGGCGAUGCAGUUUCUGCAACUAGGGAGCUACUUUCACGAUAUCCUCUAUGAUCGACCACCACUACGAUCAAGUUCUUUUGUGUUUGAGAGUUUUGAGACACGUGAGAUUAUGUAUCCAAAUAUUUUCAACUGAGUUUUGAAAUUUCAUUUCUGAAUCA